CCGCAGAACGCGAAUAAAGCGAUAAGGCUUCGGGGAAUUUAAAUCAAGCAUUAGUAAGCUCAGAUUAACACAUUUGUGUACAGGGUUCAUUGCCAUGUGUCGAGAUUCAUAAUCUGCUUCCUGUGGUCAUGGCUGCCUCCACAUAAAAUCUGUUCACGCAAUUCGCUUUGGUUUUAUGUACCAACGUUGCCCUCUAGAAGUGUCAGGGUUUAAACUUUACACAACUGGGUCAGAGUUCCAAUGUGUUGUUUCCUCUCUAAGGAAUGUUAUGGCGGUGCACUCAGUAUGACGUUUGCGUUGCUAGUGGAGGGAUGACAUCAGCGCUGUUAAACUGUGCUGCAGAGAAAAGCGGUUAUCAUAAAAUAUAUUUAAAGAUACUCUUUGGUUCUAUUCGGUAAAGUCACGUAGGUAAAAAAUAAAACAACAAGAUGCUUCUGAAUGCAACCCUUCAUUCUAACUGGUUUAAUUAAAUAAGGAAACACGCAAUUCAGUGGCCUUUAGCCAAGCAGUAGCCUGCUGAAAGUGUGUUUUAAUAUUUAGCAAUGUAGGAAUUUAUUAUUUUGAAAAAAAAAUCUUUACAUUUUUUUAAUAAUAAAAAAAAUCAGCAAUGUUAAAUUAACCAAUGGAUAGAGGCCUCCCCACGCCAUAUCGGUCAUGUGCAUGUUCUGGCUAUACUUCACCAUGCAGGUCAAUGCGGAUUGAAGUGGGAGGGGUGGAAGCGGAGAGAGGGGCCGCCUCUGAUAUCACUUCCUACUGGUGCCCGCUGUGGCCGGGAAUCAAACUCACGGCACCAAGUUCAUAGCGCAACAGACCCGUCGCUUCAAAUAUAAUUGCAUGUUGUUUAACAAGUGGGUGAUUUGGGAUAUGCUGAAACACAGUCGGCUACCCAUGUUCAUAACAUGCCAGUGCUGUACUCAUUCCAGAAUGUCCACUUUGACAGCUCGUGACAUCUAUGGAGAUGCACCACCAUUAGUUUCCUCGAAAUGGUUCCUUACAGAUUUGCUCAGCGAAAACAUUCAAGGGGGGGGAUGGAGUGCGAAGUUCCCGCAGUUUGUGGCGAGCCCAAUGAAGCGGCUGUGAAGCAGUCAAAUGGCGAGAAUCCCGGCUACACCUACGCUCCCUCCUGCGCAACGCGGCCCUCGCUCGGCUGCAUCCUGGAAAGUGCCACUCCCCCCAUCAUCGACUUGGAAGUGGCAGAAAAGACCUGCCAGAAAGUCCUGGAGAGUCUUAAAUUCAAGCAGACCGACCAAAGCGUGGACAAAAAGCAAGAUGACAUUUUUAUUUUGGACGCCGCCGAGUGUUCGGACUGUUUGGAUGGGAUCGCCGGGUCAGAAGGUCUCGACCUUAAAAAGGAACAGGAAACGGGUGUUCCACGCAACGGACAGAUGAAGGAUGCGGGAUGCAGCCGCGUUACACCCGGCGUCCGGAAACACAAGGCCGUCUCCUCGGCCUCGAAGCAGUCGCUGCUGCUGCGCCUCUUUGAGUCGAAGUUGUUCGACGUCUCCAUGGCGAUUUCAUACUUGCACAGCUCCAAGGAGCCGGGGGUACAGGCCUACCUUGGCAACAAGCUGUUCAGUUUCCCCGCGGACGCCACCGACUUCUACCUGCCACAGCUGCUGACGAUGUACCUGCACGGCGCCGAGGAGGCCGGCGAUGCCAUCAAGCCGUACCUGGUCCACCGGUGCCGGCGCAGUCCGGACUUCGCCCUGCGCUGCGCCUGGUUGCUGGGCGCCUACUCGGCGGAUGGGCAGCCGUCGUCACGGCAGAAGCAUUCGCGCGGCACCAAGCUCCGGCGCCUCAUCCUGUCGGACGAGCUGGUCCCUGCCACCCCGGCGCCGUCGGCUCCGCCGCACCAGCUGCUGGCGGCGUCCGCGCGGGCCAAGCUGCGCGCCGCCGCCGUGUCGCCCGGCAAGCGCACGCACCAGCGCUCCAAGUCGGACGCCACGAGCAGCUGCAUCCAGGCCGACGGGCUGCGCCGCACGUCCAGCAUUCCCCGCGUGGAGGCGCAGCACGACGAGCAGACGGCCCGUCUCGCCCCGGAGCGCGAGUUCAUCAAGUCGCUGAUGGCCAUUGGCAAGCGGCUGGCCACGCUGCCCACGCGCGAACAGAAGACGCAGCGUCUCAUCGCCGAGCUCUCGCUGCUCAACCUGUCGCUGCCCGCACGCGUCUGGCUGCCCACGGCCCUGAGCGCGCACCACAUCGUGCGUCUGCCGCACACCCAGGCCGUCGUGCUCAACUCCAAGGACAAGGCCCCGUACCUGAUCUACGUGGAGGUGCUGGAGUGCGAGGACCUGGAGAUGUCGGCGGUGCCCACGCGCAUCCCCGAGGCGCGGAUCCGCGUGUCGCGCUCCGAGGAGAACCUGCCCGACUGCUUCGUGGCCGGGGAGGCCCCGAGAACCGGCAGCUUCACGGCACACAACCCCGACCCCGACGAGGAGGCCUGGUCCCAGGACGACAUCGCCGACCUGCAGGUGGAGCAACCUGAGAUCCACAAGUCGGACAAGUCUACCAACAGUAGUGACACCAUCUCACAGUUCUCUGUGGACAGCAUCACAAGCCUGGACAGCAAGGCCGAGCCUGCCUACUUCCUGGCUGGGGACAUCAGGCGGCGCCUGUCAGAGCAGCUAAACCUUCCAGCGACACAAUUCCGCCGAGACCCAGAGGACCCCUCUGCCGCUGCCCUCAAGGAGCCCUGGAAGGAGAAAGUCAGGCGUAUCAGGGAAACUUCCCCUUACGGCCACUUCCCCAACUGGAAGCUGCUGUCGGUGAUUGUCAAGUGUGGCGACGACCUGCGGCAGGAGCUGCUCGCGUACCAGUUCCUGCGGCAGCUUCAGUCUGUGUGGGAGCAGGAGAGGGUGCCGCUGUGGCUGAAGCCCUAUAAGAUCCUGGUGACAUCAGCUGACAGUGGGAUGAUCGAGCCCAUCCUCAACGCCGUCUCUAUCCACCAGGUGAAGAAGCAGUCCCAGCUGUCGCUGCUCGAGUACUUCCUGCAGGAGCAUGGCAGCCCCAACACGGAGGGCUUCCUCACUGCUCAGCGCCACUUUGUGGAGAGCUGUGCCGCCUACUGCCUCAUCUGCUAUAUCCUGCAGGUCAAGGACAGGCACAAUGGAAACAUCCUCCUCGACUCCGAGGGACACAUCAUCCACAUCGACUUUGGCUUCAUCCUCUCGAACUCCCCGCGCAACCUGGGCUUUGAGACCUCCGCCUUUAAACUCACCGCGGAGUUUGUGGAGGUGAUGGGUGGACCAGACAGUGACAUGUUCAACUAUUACAAGCUGCUCAUGCUACAGGGGCUGAUUGCUGCUCGCAAGCACAUGGAGCGAGUGGUCCAGAUUGUGGAGAUCAUGCAGCAGGGCUCGCAGCUGCCGUGCUUCCACGGAGCCAGCACCAUCAGGCAGCUCAAGGAGCGCUUCCACGUGAGCCUCACGGAGGAACAGCUGCAGUCGACCAUCGAGCAGAUGGUGGAGGGCAGCAUGCGCUCCCUCACCACGCGCCUCUACGAUGGCUUCCAGUACAUCACCAACGGCAUCAUGUGACAGCCGCCCGCCGCCUGUCGGCCUGGCACGCGUGUGACACUUCCAUUCUCUCCGUCUGCCUGCUCGCCCUGGCUGCAUACGGCACUAUCACCACGCGAACCAAAUUCGGCGAGGGUCUGGGGUUCGUGAUUACCACUGUUGGUUACAUCCACAAUGGUAAACACUGCUUAUUGCAGGAAUUCCUCAAACAAAUUUGUUUAUUCUUUCAUCUGCCUGCUAAGGGGUUGACCCAAGCUGCUUUGCAGAGGAAAACAGAUUUGUCAGUUUCCAAGUAGCAUUUCGAAUCCGGAAGGAGGAGAUCGUGAUGUGUACAAGGAUAAUAUGCGGACCAUAAAGAAAUGUGAAUUAGUGGCAUAAUCAUUGCAGAAUUCCUACAUUUGUUUAAUAUCAUCAGCUCGGUACGUAAUUGCAAUCCAAACAUCAUCCGCAAACUUAUAUCAAAACCCGCGCUUGUGAAAUGAAUCUUGCAGCACGGAGUGCACGUGAGUGAACUCUGUGGCCAUGUGUGCGUGCCUGGCAUCUCCUACCCCUGCGCGCGAGCUCUCCGCCACAUUCCCCCCUCCCCCAUGGGCCUCAUUGGGUGUCCUGCUCCUGUGAGGUUCUACUGAAUGAAGAGGAGCAGCUGUCACGGCCGUGUUGGGUGGAGGGAAUAGCUCCGCUGUCAACUCAAAAAAUGCUAAAUGUGUAAAUAGACUGUGCUUGUGUGUGAUCGUAUUCACACUUGAGUAUCCUCUAGAGACUGCCUCGUGGAUUCUGCUGUUACCCAGUUUUAACCGUUUCUUGCUCUCUCUGGGUUAUCGGCAGGUGGAUGUUUACAGAUCGGCGAGCUUCAGCUUGUUCAGUGCUUCUCGACUUGUCUGAUCUGCGUUAUUUUCCCAUCGGUUUCCCAGUGCAGAAAUGAACUCUCCUAAAAUUGUAUAGCCUCACCUGAUGAAUAGACUGUUCGAUAUUGCUUCUAGAGGAAUUGGGCACGUUGCUUUUAAUAACCCAGCUGGUAAAGUAUUGUACCAAAAGCAUGUGCUGCACACAUGUACAUAGCAUUAAUUGUAGUGACCUCCAUUGUGCUUUGUUAAUGGGGUUGAUGUAGUUCCUGCUGCACUUUAACCAUCCCCAGUCGUUAUUUCUGGGUUGCAGAUUUCGUCUAUAUUCUUUGUGAAGCCUGUCUUCAACAAGCCUUUGUAAAAACAUGUACAGAUAGACAAGUCGGUCGCUAUUUAGUUUGACAAUUAUGAUGUCCGUAUGCUAGCUAUAAAGCACCAACAAAUAUAUAAUACGACAAUGUCAGAUCUCUUUUACAAAGGGUAAUGUGUGUACAUCACAUUUGUGACGAGAUUUCCUAACCGUUCACGAGUCUUUGGGAUGUAAUUGCAUGUGUGUCAUUGCUCUACAAUGUCUAUAGUCCAUUAAUGAACGCAUGACCAUAUAAGUUGUACCUGCUGGUUAAUGACAGUCCUUUCGCAUUAAAUGAUGGCAUUUUAGGCAGUUGCAAAAACGUACGCGGCAUCAAUACCCCAUUAGCUGGAUCCUGGAAUGAGGUAAGGCCAGGAACAAGGUUAAUAUAUUUUCAAAUUAAGCGUACACCAGUGAGAAUUACUAAGUUCUCUGCUAUCCUUCAUUCAUAGACUUCCAUGUUCAAUUAAAACAAUAUAAAUAAGAUACACAUGCAGACCACUUUCUAGAUGUGCCCAGCUAUACCAUGUAAGAAAUUACCACCCCAAAUACAUUGGCCCUGUUUCUACAAAAUCUUGAUAGAAACUGCCAUUUGCUAACACAUGACGUAAGGCCACAUUUUCGUUUUGAGUGUCCCACAGCUGAAAUAACGUUGACACCCGACUUUAAUCAAUGAGCCACGUGCCAUUGUCUCAGGCCAAUGGUUAAGCAACUCUUCCGGCACUGCGUCAGGCAUGCCAGGUGACAUUCCCGCAGCUGCAGUUCCGUGUGGCUGGUCAUGGCGUGCGGAGGCUGCGGUGAAUCGUGCCAGGUUAUUAUUCACCUGGGUGCAAGCUGUGUAUGGGUCAAGAUGUAAACAACAAGAAGCGCUCGGGACUUUCACAGGAACCUUGACGGUGGGAGAGCCCAGAAUGUUACCUUUUGAAUUGUAAUCAAUCGCAGGCUAUUUAUACCGCAUCCUAUUGAUUCCAAGUGAUUACGUGCAACUCUAAAUCGAUUAGUGCAAAUUCUGUUUUUCCUCUUUUUUUAAAGGAGACGCUUUGGGCUUGUUUCCAUUUGGAAUCAUAUGAUGCCUGAAGUCAGUACAAUUAUUCAGAAUCAGUAAGAAUUUAAAAUUGACUACAUACUUGUCAUUAGAUUCACUUAGAAUAAACAUUUAAUUGACUCGUGCUUAAAAGGUAAGACAAACACAGCUAUACACCUGAUUAAAUAUUUCGAAAUGUAAAUGUCUCAUUUCAUUGCCACCGUGAAUGCAAUUGCACAAUCUUUAGCCUGGGUAAUGUCCACAAUUUACAAUAUUCGUUCUUAGCGCCCUUCAUUGUAAAUGUUUACUGGACUGGAAACUGCAGAAGAGAGGCCUGAUGAGUCGAUUGUUUUGUGUUGAACAGUAUUAUGGAACUAAUGUGUAUAAGUGUGUACGGCGCUUUUUUCAUGUGAUGCACGCGUGCGUGUCAGGUGACGAUCGUGAAGUUUUAUACCGUAUAUGAAUGGCUAGAAAACAUAGAAUACCUAUGGGUGUUCUGUUGUAGAAAUGUGUGCGAUGACUUUAAGUUCAGUCGUGUGUCUAUGCUGAAAUAUGCAAUGGGGCAACUGCUCAUCUUUGUUGACAGCUCUAAACCACGGUAAUUCUACAUUCACAUGCCAGGGGCCAUUUCAUCGACCGUGUGAUUGCUUCAGAUCAAUUUAAUCCCGACGGAGAUUUCAACCCUCAUCGGGCUUGCGAGCAGAGUUGCUCUCACAGCAACACCUACAUGGGCAGUACAUUAAGGGGCCUGAUCAUUGGAGCAACCCCAUUGCUGGUGAUUAGUGAAAAAUGAUAAAUGGUGAAGAAAGUGCACAUUCUAUAGUGAAGUGCAAUUGUUAAGUCAUUUCGCAUUUGACAAGUAUUUUCUUGUAACCAAGUACGAUUUAAAAUAUGCAUUGCCUAGUUUUACAUGAGGAAAAAAAAGUUAAGAAUAGCAAACAAGCAUUAGGAAUAUUGUAAAAUGUCACAACAUAUGGUGUCUGUGGUUUAUAACAUUUCACUUGCCCUGAUGUGUUAUUUUAUAACUUCAGUGAGUUUUGUCAGUGGUUGGGACUGUGAUGGUAGAUUUCAAAGCCGAGGGCUCACACUUAGUGUGCCCCCUCCGGCCAAAUCCAGCCGUUAGAUUGCUUCCAGUGUCAACACGUCCACGAAGCGAUUUAAAUUGCACUCCACAAAUCCUCGCGCUUGGCCACAUUUGCCGUAAAGUGGCUGUGUCAAUGCCAUCGGGAAAUGUAUGUAACUUGUCCUGGGGGAUUGUAAUGCAUUUCCAAAUGACGCCAAAAGCUGGAAUGGUGCAGGAGAGUGACGAAGCAAAGGAUUGCGUCACAUCUUGGCCUCAUAACCCUCUCCACUCCCAGUUCCACAUUUGCCAACUGAAAGGUGAUGUUUCAUGUGGGACGCUGGACUGAAUGUGGGUUACAGAGUGUAAAGUUGGAGAACCACUUGCUACUGAUCUGUGAACAUCCACGUAAAAGAUGGUGGUUAAACCCUUUACAAGACUCCGGCACAAUACAAUUUUCACUAAACUGUU